CUUCAGAAUCGACCCCACUGUCAAACACUGACGGUCAAUUACUUUUGGUUUAUAAUAUUUUACAAUCUAAUAUUCUAAUUAAAUUAUUAAACGAACACGUUGAAAUGUGUGACAAUAGAUUUUUAAUAGUUUAAAUUAAUUUGAUUGAUAUGUCGUGUACUUAUAUGCAGCAGCUCGUUUAUACUGCCACACAUUAAGUUUUUGUAACAUAAUGCCCAACAAAGACAGAAUGAAUUUUAUGGCGAGGCAUUCGGCAUUCAGCCCAUACCGGCUGAUGCGAAGAGAGACUGGAUUCGGGACGCCCAUUGGAGCUGGAGAUGCUAUGGCACGAAGCCUUUAUUGUGGCAUGAAACCGAUAGCAUCCUGGGACUGCGAGCAAGCCAACGCACUUCCCACUGGUGGGGUCUUCAACCUUGAGUUUUCCCCGGAAGGUACAUUAUUAGUAGCUGCAUGUGAGAAGAAAUCCAUACAAAUAUUUGACCCACUGACACAUCAGAGGAUUCAUUCAGUGAAUGCUGCACACUCAGAUUGUGUGAACUGUGUUAAAUUUCUAGACGGAAGAAUGUUCGCCACAUGCUCAGACGAUACCACAAUAGCAUUAUGGGAUAUAAGGAAUAUGAAGAAAAAAAUACGCUCACUGAGCGGUCACACGUCGUGGGUGAAAAAUAUAGAGUUCUCAUUCAAAGACAAGCUUCUAGUCACGUCGGAACUGAACGGCAGUAUUUACACAUGGGAUAUUAAUUCUUAUACAGAAUGUAAUCUGGUGUACCAAAGAGUAUUUCACGCGUCCGGCCUGAUGCGGUGUCGGCUGUCGCCGGAUGCUCGGCAAAUGGUUAUGUGUACGACGGGCGGUCUCCUCGUCAUUAUUCACAACUUGAAUCUGUCCACUUUAGCACAAGAUUUGCACGGAUUUAAGCCAAACCUGUACCGGUUAAUGCAGACGAGCCACCAGUUGAUACCAAUCGCGGCUCUAUACGACCAUUUGUUUGAUGAGAAACGAAAGGAGAACCGUAUAGAGUUCGUAUCGGACUUCCCAGAUGGGAACGACGCUAAGGUCGUGAGUUCGCUGCAGAUACAUCCUCUAGGCUGGAGUGCAUUAAGUAGAAAUAUUAGCCACGACGACAGAUCUGAAUGGUCGUGCAUCCACGACAUCCAGGCGAGCGGCGAGCCGUCGGACAAGUCGACGCGAGACUGGCGGCGCGCGCAGGCGCCGCCGCCGCCGCGCCGGCCGCCGCCGCGCCGCUCGCUGCGCCGCCCGCGCCCGCGCGUCGCGCGCCCGCUGCGCCCGCAGACCUCCGUCACGCCCGCCGGCGAGGCCCCAUCUUCAUCAGACCGUCAAAUAGAAAGAGAUAGCGAUAGAGAGGAGGAGCCCGAAGCUGGUCCUAGCACUUCACGAAUAGAACCGCCCAGCCCAAGUAACGGGUCUUCAUCUACUGCCACUUCUUCGAGGCUCGGUGGUGGAUUAUCAAGUAUUCAAAAUGAUGUGUGGGAGGCAUCAAUAACUAUCAAACAACAUAGGGUAUUACAGGAAUUAUACAGCAGGGGCGUGGGACGGAACUUUAACAUGCAGCGCAUCAUGGGCAUCAACACGGGCAUCGCGCCGCCGACGGCCAUGAGACCGCGAGCGCUGCGCGGCGCCGUGGCGCGUCUGCUGCCGCACGCGCACCACCCACACCUCGCGCCGCACGCCGAUCUCAGUCCCGUGUCGUUACCGUCGACGUCGGGGGAGACACCAUCCGGGGAGCGCGCGAACUCGUGUGACGACGAAUGGGAAACAAGACACUACAUCAGACAAAACAGAGACAGGCUUCUUUAUUAUAUAGAAGAGACCAAUGAAGGCAAAGGAUUUAUCAAGGAAUUAUGUUACUCGGCUGACGGUCGACUAGUCUGCUCACCUUUCGGUCGGGGGAUGAGGCUCCUAGCACUGAAUGAGAAUUGCAGCGAACUAUCUCACUGCGUACAAAACAACAAUGGACCCAAACCAAUGGUGGAUGUAGGACAAAGCCUAGGUAUACAUCAAGACUUAGUAGUGAGCUCUAAAUUCAACCCUAGGUAUCAUAUGCUGGUCACGGGCUGUCUCGAGGGAAAAAUAGUUUGGUAUGAACCUUACAGUGGAGAGGCAAUGUAUUAGUUACUUAAUAAAAUUAGUUAUCACGUACACACAUGAUUUUAUUAAUUGAAUCCAAAAUAAUCAAAAUAUGUGUACGGAAAUUUUGUUUAAAUGUGAAAAUUAUUUGACAAAUUUUGAUGAAAUUUUCUAAUAUAAUAGGAAAAUGAAAACUGAAGGGAACAUGUGGAGUUGAUUUGUACUGCCAUAUAUAAUCGAUCUAGUCGGUUUAAUGUUAUCAACUACAAUGUAUGGAAUAAAAAGAAGUUAACUUGUUAA